AUGAGAACGGUAUUGAGGAUAGGAUGGUUGCCGCGAAGAUGGUUGUCAACAAACAGUCAAUCCAGCGCCGAAAAUAACAAGGGUCCGACUGCAGUUCAACGCUUUCAUAUUGGUGGAGUCACAAACAAAGAUGUACCCAUAGAAAAACAAUCUUUAACAAGGGGACUAGCUAUGGAUAAGUUUGAAAAAGAUUUCUUCAUAUAUCCGGAACAUCAAGAUACAGAGGAUCUUCGAAAUAUAGAAGGCUUUGUAAAAAUGUUGCACGACUCUUUGGAAGUAUCAGUUAAUUCGGAAGAGAUUGAAAAAUUGAAAGCGUUGACAGAAAAUGUGAAACUGGCGAUUGACAGGAACGCUAUACCCAGCACCCUUGUCCCCGGAACGUUUGGUGGAUUGGGAUUUUCAAAUAAAGACAAGAUUCGACUUUUUGAGGAACUAAGUAUCGAUUGGUCGUUAUGUUCAUCGAUUGAAGUUAUCAACAGGGCUGUCAAUUUGUUGCUGACCUUCGGAUCUGUUCAACAGAAAGAAAAAUAUCUGCCUCUAAUCAGUGAGGGCAAAUGCAGACCAGGAUUUGCCGUGCUUGAGCAAGGCGGAGCAUUUGCUGAGGUUUGCGGUAGUGGGGAUAAUCAAUUGCUCGAUGGUAAAGUCAAGGUGGUUAAUCCUCAAUCAGCGAAUCUGUUGUUUGUGUUUGGUGCAAAGUUUGAUAAGAAUGAGAAAAGGCGACAAAUUACGUGUUAUUUAAUUGAUCGAAAUGAGAUUGAUGACUCUACAAUGUGGGAAGCAAAACGGGAAGAAACUUUGGGAUUGCGAGCAUUUGAAAUUGGUGAGUUGCAUCUGCGGGCCUUUAUCCAAUCAAGCAACGUCUUGGGCGAAGAGUCUAAAGGGCUAGAAGUGGCCAACGAGUUAUCUGCAUGUAGUCGAAUUCCCUUGAGUGCAGCCGUAAGCGGAUUCGCCAAGAGGUUGAUUGAUGAUCUCGUUACAGUCUGCAAUCAAACAGCGUCGACAAGCACAGAAAAUGCUACUCUUUCUGAUUUACCGGCAAUUCAAAGAGUUCUUUCACACUUGACAACGAAAGUCUACGCUCUGGAAUCAUCAACAUAUUACCUUGGUGGUCUAAUGGAUGAAGGAUUAUCUGUGACUAUCGACAUCGAAAGCGCUUUAUUACACCGCCAAAGUCGAGAAGUAUUGAGUCUUUGUGUUUCGACAAUUGUUGAACUGUGCGGACUUCAAGGAAGCAAAUUGGGAGUACACUAUGAACGAUGGAUACGAGAUAUUUCAACAUUACUUGCCAUGCACCCCGAGGGCAGUAUCACCGAGCAGGUAGCACUUUCGACUAUUUCAACGUGGGCAGCAAAGAAUUUCUCAAGAACUAAAUCUACUUUCCAACGAUUGUUCAAUGCCCAAAAGUACCAAACAAAGAUGGCGAACCCGGGCUUGAGGCAUUAUAUAGCCGAACAUGCGCACCCCACGCUUCAGUUGGCUUGUCAAGAACUAGAGAAUUCAAUGGGUCGUGUAAAUGUGAUCAUCGAAAAGCUGCUUUCGGAAAGAGGGAAAAAUUUGGAAGCUGAUUAUGGCACUAUGGAAAAUCUUGUCCGAGUGUUGCAAAAUAACUUUAUGAUGGUGGCAGUGAUCGCCCGGGCCACAAGAUCUUACUCAAUUGGACUACGAAAUGCCGACUUAGAGAUUCUCUUUGCUUCGCAACUGUGCACCAGACUCGCUCGAUCUUCAUGGUUUGAACUGCAAGCGUUGGGAGAUCAUUUUGGUCUUCUUCGGACCAACCCUGGACUUCUUCAAGCCGGACGCGCUAUUUUCGACAUUGGAGGUUACAAACUGGAAAACCCUAUUGAGAAAAUGUGG